GAGAUGGUGGGGUGGGAAGGGUCACUCUCUCCUGGCGGGGCUCUUCUUUUCACUCCCAUAACAUGACAGGGGCCUUGGGGAGGGGCUCACUCCCGGGCUCAGAUACAGGAAGGGCAGCAGGCUCCAGGGAACAGGAGCUAUUCCUGUCCUGCCACUGUCUGUCUGGGACGCCUUGGCCUUGUCAUUCCCUAGCUAAGUGCCUCAGUUUCCAUUCUCGCCAGCCUGUGCCUCUAUCCCUGUGGCUUGGUGUCCGUGUUGGCGACAGUCCCACCCCCAUACUGCACAGUCUAAUACUGGCUCCUCUCUCUUGCCAGCACCAUGAAACCUGCCCUGGAGCCAGCCCUAGAGACCCACCUCUUGCGAGCUGCCCUUCACUCCGUCUUCACCCUGGGCACGGAGAAGGACACCACCGGCAUCCAGGCUCUGCACAAAGUCAUCCCAGAGGUCCUGGAUGCCAUGCUGGGGAACCUGCUGGCAGAGUCCCCAGACACAGACAGGCUCCACUUCAUCUUGGAGCAUGUCAACUUGUGGGUCGUGUCCAGGGUGUCGCAGGAGCGAGCCAGGGCUAUCAGGAGCAGCACAGCCCUGCUGAGAUACACAGUCACCCUCCCUGAGUUUGACAUCUCAGCCGAGUUCCCUUGGAUGGGUCACCAUGUGGCCCAACUGGCUCUAUUUGUCAGCGAGCCAGACAAGGACAUCAGCCGGCAGGCCAGGGAGGGGACUUACCGGCUCUACCAACUGCUGCUCCAACAGAGCGGCCUGACCAUACAUGAGGCGGAAGAUCUCUGGUGCUAUGACUGGCACCAGGACAGCAGGCUGUUGGCCUACAAGAAUACAGCCUGA